AUGUACGCAGCGGCGGGCGGCGCCUCGCUGGCCAGCCGCCAGGCCAGGCAGCGCCAGAAGCAGAACAAGCAGAAGCUCCAGAAGAACAAGGCCACCGAGCUGGCGGCCAGACAGCCGCAGGCCAAGCAGUUCCAGAACUACACGGACCCGCUGGUGCCGCGGCUGUCGCGCGUCGAACGCGGCACGCUCAAACCGACGCCGCCCCAGCCGCACGAGCGCCGCCACAGCGCCUCCAACUACCACCUCAAGGAGCCCCAGCACCGCGCCCGCAUCCGCGAGAGCCCCUCCAUAUCCAUUCCGGUGGCGCCGCCGCCGCCGCCGCCGCACAGCCCCCAUCACCAUCACCAUCACCACCACCACCAGCAGCAGCAGCAUCUUCCUCUGUUCCCCGGCGGCGGCGGCGGCGGCGUUUCCUUGCAGAACCAGCUGCCGCAGAUCCUGAUCCCCGAAGACGGGAUGAAGCCGGAGAGGCGGUGCAGCUUCGUGCGGCAGGUCGAGGAAAUGGAGAAGCACCAGGAGCAAGGUCUGUUGGACAAUUGCAAUCACAUUUGUAAUUUCGAUUAUAAGGAAACGCCGCCUUGGGAUAAUAAGUUUUACAGUGAUUUCGACAGGGACGCGUUCGGGAGCUUGGAUUAUCCCUUUUCUGAGGCCGCCUUACUAAUUAGAGAGAAACAGCGCCUUCGUAAAAAGCGCGUGCGACAGGGACGGCACGAUUUGCCCACGCACGUCGCCACCAGGGACAUCGGACCGUUUCCGCAAUUCCCCGCCGAUUAUUUGUGCUCCCAGGGCCGCGCCGCCUGGCAGGAAAGGGAAAGGGACAGACGCUGUUCGCUCUCGGAGGAAGCGCGGCAACAUCGCAUCAAACAGACCGAGGCCCAUCAUCGAUGGAUGAAAAGGAACAGGAUACACGAUUCGAGUUUCGGCGUCGGCUCCGACGACGAGGACUUCUUCAGCGUCUACCACCAGAGCGCCGCCGCCAACGCCCUCCUCUACGUCGGCCUCGGCACGACGGCCAUCGGCAGCGUCAUAUUCUUCGUCGGCACCGGCGACAAGGGCUUCAAGACGCUCGAACUGCGGCUCAUCGGCCCGACGCUCAUCGCCUGCGGCCUGCUCUGUUGCCUCGUGCGCGUCCUGCUCUGCGCCGUGCCGUCGACGUGCUUCCGCAACCGCAAAACGGCGCGGUCGAAAACCGCCUCCGGCGCCGCCGCCAAUCGAUCGGUGUCGAGUAAACCGCCGCCGGACGUGGAAUUCGUCCACGUGGAUCCGUCGAAGCGCGGCAAGAAGAAGGUGUCGAUCGCGCCGGGCGCGGCGCCCGGGCCGAGCACCAGCGCCGAGUGCGCGGAGCUGUUGCCGCGCCGCGACACCUCGGUCUCCAUACCGGAGAUACAUUUCGGCGAGGACGAUUCGGUCAUCGAGCUGCAAACGUUGGACGGGGAGUUCGACGCGCGCAGCGCCUCGAGUUCGGACGGCGCCGAUGAGGCGACGGCGGGCGCGGCGGCGUCGAAGUUCGCGCGAUCGAGGGAGCCGGAGCACUGGCGGCGCGGCGGCGGCGGCGACGCCGGCGAUACGGAGACGUCGUUGUGCGUGGCCUUCGGACGCGGGGUUGAUUGUGAGGGGGACAAAAUGAGGGAUGUUGUUAGUGAGAAACAGACGCACAGCGGUAUCGUACUCAGCGCGGCGCAGCUCGAGCGAUAG